AACGCUCUCUUUCCAUAAACCCUAGAAGAAAAUGUUGGAGCUACGUCUCGUUCAGGGCUCUCUCUUGAAGAAGGUUCUUGAAUCCGUCAAGGAUCUCGUCAACGAUGCCAACUUCGACUGCUCCAGCACAGGCUUCUCCCUCCAAGCCAUGGACUCCAGCCACGUGGCGCUCGUCUCUCUCCUCCUCCGAUCCGAAGGCUUCGAGCACUACAGGUGCGACAGGAACCUCUCCAUGGGGAUGAAUCUCGGCAACAUGUCGAAGAUGCUCAAGUGUGCUGGAAACGAUGACAUCAUCACCAUCAAAGCUGAUGACGGUGGUGACACCGUCACCUUCAUGUUCGAGAGUCCCAAUCAAGACAAGAUUGCAGAUUUUGAGAUGAAGCUGAUGGAUAUAGACAGUGAGCAUUUGGGGAUACCUGAUGCUGAGUAUCAUUCCAUUGUGAGGAUGCCGUCUAGUGAGUUCUCAAGGAUUUGCAAAGAUCUCAGUACCAUUGGUGACACUGUUGUGAUCUCUGUGACUAAAGAAGGGGUUAAGUUUUCUACUGCUGGUGACAUUGGGACAGCUAACAUUGUGUUAAGACAGAACACAACUGUUGACAAGCCGGAAGAUGCAAUUGUGAUAGAGAUGAACGAGCCAGUGUCACUCUCAUUUGCCCUGAGGUACAUGAAUUCCUUCACAAAGGCAACCCCUUUGUCGGACACAGUAACAAUCAGCCUAUCCUCGGAGCUGCCAGUGGUGGUGGAGUAUAAGGUAGCUGAGAUGGGUUACAUUCGUUACUACUUGGCUCCUAAGAUUGAAGAAGAAGAGGAAGACAAGGCCUAAUACCCGUUUGUCCUGUAAUGUCCAAGAUUUCUUGAUGCUGUCAUUGUGUGUUUCCGUUGUAUGCACCCUCUAGAAUCAGUUGUUUUUUCUUAGACUUAUUAAGAUGCUUCAUGAUACCAAU